AUGGAAAGAGAAGUAAGGUUCGCAAUGCAUAUUUCGAUUAAGACGUUGAAGGGAAAGAGCAUAAACCUAGAGGUUGAAGAAACCUCCAACACCAUCGACCUCAAGAUCCAUGGGCAACCGAUCCGUGAACUGGCUUUGCGACUGGGUCCAGGUCCGGGUCAGGAUCGAGAAGUUAUGAAGAUUUUUGUAAAGACUCUUACGGGCAAGACUCACGUACUCGAGGUUGAGGAGUCUGAUACCAUUGGAGACGUCAAGGCCAAGUAUGCGGAGAUGGGUGGAACUCCAGUGGACCAGCAGAGGAUUAUCUUUCAAGGCAGGCAGCUCGAGGACAGUCGCACCAUAGCUGACUACUACAUCAAACAUGAGUCAACCCUUCUCAUGGUGACGCAUCUUUGCGGUUGCUAA